AUGCACCACCACCAUCACCAACAGCAAUCCAUGCCACCGUCAAGCCACAAAUCGAAGGCUCGUCAACACCCAUACGGAAUGCACCCAGACGACGACGACAGGAUUAACAGAAGCGGACAGAUGAACGGCUCUACUCCCGGCCCCAUUCGGAGACGUAUCAGUCGGGCCUGCGAUCAGUGCAAUCAGUUGAGAACGAAGUGCGACGGAAAACUUCCCUGUCAGCAUUGUGUCGAUUUCGCGCUGAAAUGUGAAUAUGCUCGCGAGCGGAAAAAGCGUGGAAAGGCCUCGCGCAAGGACUUGCAGGCCGCUGCCGCCGCCGCCGCGGCUUCGGCGAAUGGGCUCACGAACGGGUCCGCGUCGCCGACCGAUUCGCUGAGAGGACUGAGCACCAGUAGUCGGCGAGAUUCGGACCUCCCUCCUCCCCCGCGACCGGGAACCCUGCGGAAGGACUCGUCCUCCGUUACCAGCACGAGAACCUCUAUGGGAGACCUUCACGACAUGUCCCAGUCACAGCAGAUGCACCAUCACCACCUCCCACAGCAACAGCAGCAGCACCAUCCGCACCACCACCACCACCACCACCACCUGCCGACUCCUGAUUCGCCAUCGCUCCAGCUCGGACACGAUUCCGUUUCCGGUAUGCCACUGCAUUUCGACCGCAUGUCCCCAUUCCACCAACAGCCAUCCAAUGUGCCAGUAAGUGGCGUUCUUCUCUGGCUCGGUGGAACGUUCUCUGACUCGUUGAAUGAACAGCCCGUGGCAAACGGCUAUGCGCAAAACGAGUUUAUGAUGUCACCGCAUCACCAAGCUCCCCCGAUGACAUUCGCGGGCAAUGGAGCUUCUCCGAUCUCGGGGCUGCUGGCGGGGCAGUCGUCGGAUGCCGGCUCUCCCACCUGGAUGUCGAUGCCCUCACCGCCCCAGCACGCGUACAACGCGGGCAUCAGAUAUCCUGUCCUCCUGCCCUUGCUGCCGCACAUCGCCACAGUCAUCCCGGCGACCAUCGCUUGUGACUUGCUCGAUCUCUACUUUACAAAUCCCUCGACGUCGUUCUUCCAACCGGCUUCGCCCUACGUGUUGACUCACAUCUUCCGUCCACGGUCUUUCCUCCACCCGACUAAUCCCCGACCGACAUCGCCGGCGUUGUUGUGCGCGAUGCUCUGGGUUGCCGCGCAGACGUGCGAUGCGCCGUUCCUGACGGCUACGCCGACCGCUCGCGGAAGGGUCUGCCAGAAGCUGUUGGAGCUCUGCAUCGGUCUCUUGCGACCGUUGGUGCACGUUAGUUUCGCGACACCACAGCCCAUGCAGCGAUCGUCGGCGGACUCGGAUCACAGCUCUGUCGGUAUCGGUUUGGGCGGUCUCGGCGGUGGGCAGGCUGGUUCUCCCACUGGACGGGAAGGCAUCGGAGCGGCAGGAAGUCUGGAUGACGUUCUGACGUACGUACACCUUGGGAUCGUCAUUUCCGCUAGCGAGUUCAAGGCGGCGUCGCUCAGGUGGUGGCACACCGCGUGGACCAUGGCGCGCGAGCUCAAACUCAACCGCGAGGUAUCACCGGAAGAGCACUUGGAGGACGAGCUGGACGCGCACCAUUCCCCGGCGGAUACGGGGCCGGGUAGCGUUCACUCCCAUUCCCACCCCAGCCCGACAGGUAUGAGUGCGGAGGAGCGAGAAGAGAGACGGAGAACUUGGUGGUUACUCUUCAUCAUCGACAGGCACCUGGCGCUCUGCUACAACCGACCAGUUGCACUCCUGGAUGUGGAGUCGGAGGGAUUGUUCCUCCCGAUGGAUGACAUCACUUGGCAGAAUGGCGAUUUCUUCGGCUCCAGUGAGCAGAACCUCUACUCUCAGCCUUCACCCAGCGCACCAACCCCACCACGCACUGCCGGCGUGCAAUACGAGAUCACCGGCUGCGGAUUGUAUCAGUUCUUCCUCCCCUUGAUGGCGAUUCUCGGUCAGGUUGUGGACUUGCAUCACGCGAGGAACAGACCAAAGUUUGGGGUGGCUUCGCAGGCCAAUACCGAGGGGAACAACGAGGGAAUGGAGCCUCUGGUCCAGAUGAUCACGGAGGAACUGGAUUCGUAUGCCAGAAGUCUGCAGGAAUUUGAGGCGGCUCACAUUCGUUCCAACCAGAACAACGGCGCGAACGAAGGCGAGAGACGACCGAACGCGCCUCUCACGGAGAUGGAAAUCCAAGCGAAGAUUGCCAUUUCGUACGGUACGCAUGUAAUGCACGUUCUCCACAUCCUCGUCUCCGGUAAAUGGGACCCGAUAUCGAUGCUGGACGAUACCGACCUCUGGAUCUCUUCCAGCUCGUUCAUCUCGUCGACGGCGCAUGCCGUUUCCGCGGCGGAGGCCAUCAGCAACAUUCUCAAAUACGACCCCGAUCUCAGUUUCAUGCCGUACUUCUUUGGCAUCUAUCUGCUGCAGGGCAGUUUCUUGCUGCUCCUCAUCGCGGAUAAGCUGCAAGGGGAGGCGAGCGAUGCGGUUGUUACUGCAUGCGAGACCAUCGUGCGGGCCCAUGAAGUGUGCGUCGUGACGCUGAAUACGGAAUACCAGCGAAAUUUCCGCAAAGUAAUGAGGAGCGCGCUGAAUCAAGUGCGCGGUCGAGGAGCACCCGAAGACGUCGACGAGCAGAAACUCCGACGACGAGAAGUUUUGCAGCUUUACCGAUGGUGUGGAAACGGAACUGGUCUGGCUCUGUAA